UAAAACCCUAAAACUAAGGUUGGAAACCUCUGAAAAGCUUUUGUUAUAUGCAGCAGCAUCAUCAGACCCUUCGUCUCACCAUUUUCAACUUACAUAUCUGAGGCCUCGAAUUCCCAAUCGGAAGAUAUUCGUUUCCUCCAAUGGCGGAUUCAUUGGACCUUCUUAACUCAAUUUAUGGGUUGGUGUCCACUCCAUCCACCAAGAAACGGAUCCAGAUCUUCCGAAGCCAAAUCCCUGCGAUUUUCGAGAAUUCUGAGGCAUACAAAGAAUUUGCUUUGCAGUUGGUUGAGGUGAUAUUUAGAACAUUAUUUAUUUAUGAUGAUCGUGGAUCGAGGGAAGCUGUGGAUAAUGUAAUUAUUAAAGCUUUAAAUGAGAUAACGUUCAUGAAAAGUUUUGCAGCAGCCCUUGUGCAGUCCAUGGAAAAGCAGUCAAAGUUACACACACGUGUAGGAUGCUGUAGACUUCUCAAGUGGUCAUGUCUUCUUCUUGUUUAUAGUCAGUUUCCCACCAUUUCAAAGAAUGCCUUUUCUAGAUUAGCAUCAGCUCAAGCGAAUUUAAUUCACAUUCUUAUGGAGGGGUCUUUUCGAGAGCGGAGGGCUUGCAAGCAAACAAUUUUCCAUUUAUUAUCUCAGUCAGCAGACAUGUGCAGAAUGUACAUUGAUGAACUAAAUGAUGCACGAAUACCAUUCAAAGAUGCUCCUGAGUUACUGACUCUGUUGUUGGAGUUUUUAAAUACUCUACCUCCCUUAUUUGAGAACUUCAAGCCAACAUUUCUUGAUCUCUAUGUCAAGUCAGUUUUAAAUGCCAGGGAAAAACCUACCAAGAAUCUUAGUGAAGCAUUUCGUCCACUUUUUGGACAUAUGUUACAUGAUGAUCUCCAGAGUAUUGUUAUUCCAUCUUCUGUCAAAAUGCUUAAACGCAACCCCGAGAUUGUGUUGGAUUCAGUUUCAUUCUGUUUACAAUCUGUUACACUGGAUUUAAGUAAGUAUGCAAUAGAAAUUCUUUCAGUGGUAUCACCCCAGGCUCGACAUACAGAUGAAAAUAGAAGGAUUGGUGCAUUGGCUAUCGUAAGAUGUUUGAGUGAGAAAUCAAGUAACCCUGAUACUCAGGAAGCAAUGUUCAAUUAUGUUAAAGCUGUUAUUGGAGGCUCAGAAGGAAGACUAGCAUUGCCUUACCAGCGGAUUGGUAUGUUCAAUAUGGUGCAAGAGUUGGCUUACGCUCCAGAAGGGAAAAGGAUUUACAGUCUUUCACAAUUAGUUUGCAGCUUUCUUUUGUCAAGUUAUAGGGAGGAAGGUAAUGAAGAGGCAAAACUUGCAAUUUUGUCUGCUAUAGCUGCUUGGGCUGCAAGAUCUUCUGAUUCGAUUCAACCAGAGCUUUUAUCGCUUUUUGCAUCUGGCCUCAAGGAGAAGGAAACACUGAGGAGGGGACAUCUUCGUUGUCUACGUGUUAUCUCUAAAAAUUCUGAUGUGAUUGCACGGAUAUCAGGCCUUUUAGUGCCUCUUAUCCAACUAGUGAAAACUGGUUUUACAAAAGCAGUGCAGCGUUUGGAUGGAAUAUAUGCUUUGCUUUUAGUUGGAAAGAUUAUGGCAGUCGAUAUUAAAGCAGAGGAGACUGUUGCUAAGGAAAAGAUCUGGUCUUUGGUAUCUCAAAAUGAACCUUCAAUCAUACCAGUUUCAAUGGUAUCGAAGCUGUCAAUUGAAGAUUGUAUUGCAUGUCUUGAUCUUCUUGAGGUGCUUCUUGUAGAGCACUCGCGCAGAGUGUUGGAAACCUUUUCAGUCAAAUUGCUCUCGCAGCCAUUACUGUUCUUUUUGUGCCAUCCAAGUUGGGAUGUUCGAAGAGUCGCUUGCAGUGCUAUUGGGAAGCUUGUUGCAGGAGUUCCAGAACUGAGUGAAGCUCUUUUAUAUGAAUUUGCAAAUUUCCUUUCUAUAGUAGGAGAGAAACUCCGUUUAUCGAAGAUAAGUGAUGCAGAGAAUUCAUUGGACUCUCAAGUUCCAUAUCUUCCAUCUACCGAGGUUCUUGUUAAGUCAUUGUUUGUGAUCUCAAGAGCAUCUACUACCACUGCUUCCAGGGAUUCUUCCUUAAUAAUGUUAUGCUCACAUCACCCGAGCUUAGUCUUCACUGCAAAACGAGAUAAUGUUUGGAAGAGGGUCAAUAAAUGCUUGCAGGCUCAUGGCUUAAGCAUCGUUGGCACUAAUGACAUAGAAAGUUUGUGCAAAGGUAUCCUCGGACCACAAGGAUUGAUGAACACUGCAAUUGAUAGGAGAGAAGCAGCAAUUUAUUCAUUGUCCACUUUAAUGACCAUUGCUCCACAAGAAGUUUACACGGAAUUUGAAGAGAUCUUUGAGAAUAUGCCAGAUCGUCAUUCACACAACAUGCUUUCAGAAAAUAGCAUUCAGAUUUUUCAUACUCCUGAAGGGAUGUUGUCUGGUGAGCAAGGUGUUUAUGUGGCAGAGUCUGUUCCUUCAAAUAUCACGAAAGAGCCCAAGAAAAAUUCAAGUUCUAAUAAUUCAAUUAGAAGAGAACCAGCUGGUAGAGAAUCUUCUGGCCUGGGCAAGAAGGAUGCUGGGAAGUUUGCAAAAAAAGCAGAUAAGGGAAAGACAGCAAAAGAAGAAGCACGUGAAUUGUUGCUUAGGGAGGAGGCAUCUAUACGGGAAGAGGUCCGGAAAAUACAGAAAAACUUAUCAUUGAUGCUCAGGACUCUUGGAGAGUUGGCCAUUUCUAAUACUAUAUUUGCACACAGUCAGCUAUCAUCUAUGGUGAAAUUCGUUGAUCCGUUGUUAAGGUCACCAAUUGUAAGUGAUGUGGCUUAUGAAACCUUGGUGAAACUUUCCCGAUGUCUUGCUCCGACGCUAUGUAAUUCUGCUCUUGACAUUGCCACCGCAUUGCGCAUGAUUAGGACUGAUGGUGAUCGUCUUCUUCUUGAUUUGAUCCCAUCGGUUGUUGAAGCGGAAGCCAAUGGAAAGCCAUCCUUGAGUAUUCUCGAGCGAAUUGUAACUGCUUUAUCUGUUGCUUGUAGAUAUGGACCUCUUCCUGUAGACACGUUUACCUUCAUUUUUCCGAUCAUGGAGAAAAUUCUGUUAUCCUCCAAGAAGACAGGACUCCAUGAUGAUGUUCUUCGUGUUCUUUACUUGCACAUGGAUCCCUUACUGCCUCUUCCUAGGCUGCGGAUGCUAUCAGUUCUUUAUCAUGUCUUAGGUGUUGUUCCCGCUUUUCAAGCAUCCAUUGGACCUGCACUAAAUGAGUUGUGUCUUGGUCUUCAACCUGAUGAAAUAGCAUCUGCUCUACAUGGAGUCUAUGCAAAAGAUGUUCACGUAAGGAUUGCUUGUCUGAAAGCUGUUAAAUGCAUCCCAGCUGUUGCUAAUCGGUCUCUUCCUGAAAAUGUUGAGGUUGCUACAAGUAUCUGGAUGGCUUUACAUGACCCAGAAAAGUCUGUGGCUGAAAUUGCGGAGGAUAUUUGGGAUCGUUAUGGAUAUGACUUUGGAACUGAUUAUUCUGGGCUUUUCAAAGCACUUUCUCAUGAUAAUUAUAAUGUCCGGUUGGCGGCAUCUGAAGCACUUGCUGCUAUUUUGGAUGAAUACCCUGAUACAAUACAGGAAUCUCUUUCUACAUUAUUUUCCACGUACAUCCAUGAUACUAGCUCUGGAGGGAGUACUGUAGAUGCUGGUUGGCUCGGACGUCAAGGGAUAGCAUUAGCACUAUAUUCAGCUGCAGAUGUAUUGCGAACAAAAGAUCUUCCUGUUGUAAUGACAUUCCUCAUUUCACGAGCCUUGGGUGACCCCAAUACUGAUGUUCGUGGAAGAAUGAUCAACGCUGGUAUCAUGAUUAUUGAUAAACAUGGGAGAGAGAGCGUUUCCUUGUUGUUUCCUAUUUUUGAAAACUACCUAAACAAAAAGGCAUCAGAUGAGGAGAAGUAUGAUUUGGUUCGUGAGGGUGUUGUUAUUUUCACUGGAGCAUUGGCGAAACAUUUGGCAAAGAAUGAUCCCAAAAUUCACGCUGUUGUAGAUAAAUUGUUGGAUGUUUUGAAUACUCCAUCAGAAGCAGUUCAACGUGCUGUAUCUACAUGUUUGUCUCCAUUAAUGCAAUCAAAGCAGGAUGAUGCCCCAGCUCUUGUUUCAAGGCUUUUGGAUCAGCUCAUGAAGAGUGAAAAGUAUGGGGAACGUCGAGGAGCAGCAUUUGGUCUUGCUGGAGUUGUUAAGGGAUUUGGAAUCACAAGCCUUAAGAAGUAUGGAAUAGUUUCUGUGAUACGAGAUGCUUUCGCAGACAGGAAUUCAGCGAAACGCCGUGAAGGAGCUUUACUGGCAUUUGAAUGUCUUUGUGAAACACUUGGAAGACUAUUUGAACCGUAUGUGAUCCAGAUGUUGCCGUUUCUUUUAGUGUCAUUCUCUGAUCAAGUUGUUGCAAUUCGUGAAGCUGCUGAAUGUGCUGCCCGUGCAAUGAUGUCUCAUCUUACCGCUCAGGGUGUGAAGCUUGUAUUGCCCUCUCUUUUGAAGGGUCUUGAAGAUAAAGCAUGGAGAACAAAGCAAAGCAGUGUACAGUUGCUUGGUGCUAUGGCAUAUUGUGCUCCGCAACAGUUGUCUCAAUGCCUUCCUAAGAUAGUGCCGAAGUUGACAGAGGUUCUCACAGAUACUCAUCCCAAAGUCCAGUCAGCAGCACAAACAGCCCUUCAACAAGUUGGAAGUGUCAUAAAGAAUCCAGAAAUAUCUGCACUUGUUCCUACGCUUCUAAUGGGUCUUACUGAUCCAAAUGAUUAUACUAAAUAUUCUCUUGACAUUCUUCUGCAAACAACUUUUAUUAAUUCAAUUGAUGCCCCUUCCCUUGCACUAUUGGUGCCCAUAGUGCACAGAGGGCUAAGGGAGAGAAGUGCUGAGACAAAAAAAAAAGCAGCCCAAAUUGCUGGAAAUAUGUGUUCCUUAGUCACAGAACCGAAGGAUAUGAUUCCUUAUACUGGGCUGCUACUUCCUGAAGUAAAAAAGGUCUUAGUUGAUCCAAUUCCGGAAGUACGUUCAGUUGCUGCUCGGGCAAUUGGAUCCCUCAUCAGGGGAAUGGGAGAGGAAAACUUCCCCGAUCUAGUACCAUGGUUGUUUGAUACACUUAAAUCUGAGAAUAGUAAUGUUGAGCGCUCUGGUGCUGCCCAAGGAUUGAGUGAGGUUUUAGCUGCUCUUGGAAUUGAAUACUUCGAUCUUGUGCUUCCGGAUAUUAUUAAAAACUGUUCUCAUCAGAGAGCACCUGUCCGUGAUGGAUAUUUAACACUUUUCAAGUACUUGCCAAGGUCACUGGGCGUUCAAUUCCAGAACUAUUUGCAGCAGGUGUUGCCUGCAAUUCUCGAUGGUCUUGCUGAUGAGAAUGAAUCAGUGCGGGAUGCAGCAUUAGGCGCUGGGCAUGUUCUGGUUGAGCACUAUGCAGCAACAUCUUUACCAUUGCUCCUCCCUGCUGUGGAAGAUGGUAUCUUUAAUGACAGCUGGCGUAUUCGACAGAGUUCUGUCGAACUGUUGGGUGAUCUCUUAUUUAAGGUUGCUGGAACAUCUGGAAAAGCAUUGCUUGAGGGUGGUAGUGAUGAUGAAGGUUCUAGCACUGAAGCCCAUGGACGUGCUAUUAUUGAGGUUCUUGGUCGAGAAAAGCGGGAUGAAAUACUUUCUGCCCUAUAUAUGGUUAGAACUGAUGUUAGCAUUUCAGUUCGACAGGCUGCUCUGCAUGUUUGGAAAACCAUAGUCGCAAACACUCCAAAGACUCUCAAGGAAAUAAUGCCAGUUCUAAUGAAUACUCUAAUUUCUUCUCUUGCUUCAUCAUCUUCCGAGAGGCGACAGGUUGCUGGACGAGCAUUGGGUGAGCUUGUGAGAAAGCUUGGGGAAAGAGUACUUCCGUUGAUCAUUCCCAUACUAUCUCAAGGGCUGAAGGAUCCCAACGCUAGCAGAAGACAAGGUGUAUGCAUUGGGUUGAGUGAAGUGAUGACUAGUGCUGGUAAAAGUCAGUUAUUGAGCUUCAUGGAGGAUCUUAUCCCUACGAUUCGAACAGCCCUUUGUGAUAGCAUGCCUGAGGUUCGCGUGUCUGCAGGCUUAGCAUUCAGCACUCUUUACAAGAGUGCUGGAAUGCAAGCGAUCGAUGAAAUUAUUCCUACACUCCUUCAUGCUUUGGAGGAUGAGGAAACAUCAGAUACUGCCCUUGACGGUCUCAAACAAAUCUUGAGUGUGAGAACUACAGCUGUUCUACCACAUAUAUUGCCAAAGCUUGUCCAUACACCUCUUUCUGCCUUCAAUGCACAUGCUCUUGGAGCCUUAGCAGAGGUUGCCGGCCCAGGUUUGAACGUCCACCUUGGCACUGUCCUUCCUGCUUUACUCUCAGCAAUGGGUGGCGAUGAUGAAGAAGUUCAGAAAUUGGCAAAAGAAGCUGCAGAAACGGUGACGCUGGUUAUAGAUGAAGAUGGUGCAGAAUUUCUAAUCUCUGAGCUGCUUAAAGGUGUCAGUGAUAGUCAGGCUCCUAUUAGAAGAAGUUCUGCUUAUUUGUUAGGAUACUUCUUCAAAAAUAGCAAAUUGUAUUUGGUAGACGAAGCUCCAAACUUGAUAUCAACCCUGAUUGUCUUGCUCAGUGACUCAGAUUCAGCCACCGUUGUGGUCGCAUGGGAAGCCUUAUCAAGGGUUGUAAGUUCCAUCCCAAAGGAGAUACUUCCUUCGUAUAUCAAACUUGUACGUGAUGCUGUAUCUACAUCGAGAGACAAGGAGCGAAGGAAAAGAAAGGGAGGGGCUAUACUGCUACCUGGGUUAUGUCUUCCUAAAGCUCUUCAGCCUUUGCUUCCAAUAUUUCUCCAGGGCUUAAUUAGUGGGUCUGCUGAAACAAGAGAGCAGGCAGCUUUGGGCCUUGGUGAGCUGAUUGAAGUGACUAGUGAAAAAGUGCUGAAGGAGUUUGUCAUCCAAAUAACUGGGCCUCUUAUCCGAAUUAUAGGCGAUCGCUUCCCAUGGCAGGUGAAGAGUGCCAUUCUAUCUACUUUGAGCAUUAUAAUAAGAAAAGGUGGAAUGGCUUUAAAACCUUUUCUUCCUCAACUACAAACCACAUUUAUCAAGUGUCUGCAAGAUAAUACAAGGACUGUCCGAUCCAGUGCUGCGCUUGCUCUUGGAAAGCUAAGUGCUCUUAGCACGAGGAUUGAUCCAUUAGUUGGUGAUCUGCUUUCCAGUUUACAGGCUUCUGAUGGUGGUAUCCGUGAGGCAACCUUGAUUGCAUUGAAAGGUGUCAUGAAGCAUGCUGGGAAGACUGUAAGUAGUGCAGUGAGAACUCGGGUCUAUACUUACCUGAAGGAUUUGAUUCAUCACGAAGAUGACCAAGUUCGCAUGUCAGCUGCAAGUAUUUUGGGUGUUAUUUCUCAGUACAUAGAGGACAAUGAACUGACCGACCUGCUCGAGGAACUUGUAUCCAUGGCCUCUUCUAGCUGGCAUUCUAGGCAUGGGUCGGUGCUCACUAUAUCAUCCAUGCUGCGGCACAAACCUUCUGCCGUUUGUCAGUCUGCUAUGUUCUCAUCUAUUUUGGCUUGCCUUAAAACCGCAUUGAAAGAUGAGAAGUUCCCAAUCCGUGAAACUUCUACUAAAGCAUUAGGGAGGCUUCUGCUCAAUCAAAUUCAACAGAGCCCGACUACAAAUGCUACAAAUCUUGAUAUUCUUACAUCCCUAGUCUCAGCAUUACAAGAUGAUUCUAGUGAAGUAAGAAGGAAGGCUUUAUCUGCAAUCAAAGCAGUAGCAAAAGAAAAUCCUUCGUUUACCGUGACUCAUGCUUCACUAAUUGGUCCAGCACUCGCCGAGUGUUUGAAAGAUGGAAGUACUCCUGUAAGGCUAGCUGCAGAAAGAUGUGUUUUGCAUUGCUUCCAGCUGACAAGGGGUAGCGAAAAUGUUCAAGCUGCUCAAAGAUUUAUCACGGGCCUUGAAGCUAGACGAUUAUCAAAGUUACCAGAGCUGAGUGACGAUAGUGAAGAUAGUGAAGCUGAAACUGCAAGUGGCUGAUUUCUCGACCAACUUUUUUGUCCUACCAUUAAACAGAAUUGAUUGAUUGAUGAGAACUUUAAACAGACAGCAGAUAGUAUUUUAUUUUAUACGUAAAGGCCAACACCCAUUUUUCUCGUCUGGGUGUGAAGUUCAUGCUGUGAUGUUAUGAGCUCAAAUACAAAGGGGGUUCUGUUGUAAUAUGUAUAAAAUGAGGAACCAGAGUCUAGUUUUGUUAUGAAUUUUGAUUUUUCAUAAUCCUUCAGUGAAAUCAUAAGCUUUUUUUUCAUAA